AUCAAAGUUAUAAAGAUAUAUAUAAUAUGAAACAAAUGAUUAAUUAAUACUCUCGAGCAAUAGCUUAACGACGGCCUCGUGCCCGUUUCCAGCAGCGCGCGAUAGCGGCGUCCGAUCCCACUUAUCCCUCGAGUCGGCUACGGCUUGGUGCUCGAGCAGUAGCUUGACGACGGCCUCGUGCCCGUUUCCAGCAGCGUAUAACAGCGGCGUCCGACCCCACUUAUCCCUCGAGUCGGCUACGGCUUGGUACUCGAGCAGUAGCUUGACAACGGCCUCGUGCCCGUUCUCAGCAGCGUAUAACAGCGGCGUCCGAUCUACCUCAUCCCUCGAGUCGGCCACGGCUUGGUGCUCGAGCAGUAGCUUGACGACGGCCUCGUGCCCGUUCCCAGCAGCGUACGACAGCGGCGUCCGAUCUACCUCAUCCUUCGAGUCGGCUACGGCUUGGUGCUCGAGCAGCAGCUUGACGAUGGCCUCGUGCCCGUUCUCAGCAGCGUACGACAGCGGCGUCCGAUCUACCUCAUUCUUCGAGUCGGCUACGGCUUGGUGCUCGAGCAGUAGCUUGACAACGGCCUCGUGCCCGUUCCCAGCAGCGUAUAACAGCGGCGUCCAAUGCCACUGAUCCUUCGAGUUGGCUAAGACUUGGCCAGUCUUAAGUAAUAGCUGGACUAUGGCCUCGUGCCCUCGCUCAGCUGCCCAUAAUAGCGAUGUUU